AUGGCGGUAGAAAACGUUAUCAUCAGGAAGGCUGAAGAAAGUGAUUAUCCAGCUAUUUUGAAAUUCAUUUACGAAGAUUUUUUGCCUCGUGAACUACUUUCGAUAGUUUCAGGAAAUGUAAGCAACAUCAAUCAAUCAGCACGAGAUGAUCGUUUCUUGCAUUGGCUGUUGGACGAAGUAUCCUUGGUAGCAGUGGAUACAGAAGAUCAAACCCUAGCCGGGAUCGCCGUUAACUUUGUUACGAAAAAAGAAGAUCACGAAGAAGAAAAUGACAAUUCUACUCAUCAGGUGACUCAAGUCUCUCGUCCUCUCAACGGUGUGUUAAAGUUUAUAGAAAAACUUGAAGAGGGUCAAAAUCUUUUUGAAGAACUGAACACCACCAGAGGAAUGGAUUUGAGAUUCCUGGGAGUAAAGGAGAAAUAUUCAGGGAGAGGAAUUGCAAGUCAACUUACUGAACAAACACUUGAACUGGCCAGGAAUUGCAGUUUGAAAUUUGUCCAGAGUAUCCCAACAAGCCCUGCUACACUGCAUCUUUUCGAAAAAUUAGGGUUUGAAACAAGAUCCGAAUUGAAAUGCCAAGGAUUUUUCUUGGACGAUGGACUUCCUGCCUUUCCACAUGCUUCAUCUUCAGAUAAAUCUCGUUAUGUGGUCAAAAUCCUUUGA